AUGGAGAACUGGGGCAUUUCGAAGGAUUACUGCAGCCGUUUUGUUCGAGAUUCAGGGUCGAAUAUGGUGUCCACAGGAGAAAUCAUGGAUGUUUCGUACCAUGCAUGCGUUUCGCACGAACUACAUCUCAUCGUAUCGGGGCUUUUGUCGAAGAAGAAGACAACAGAGCAACCCAAUCCGGCUUGGGAAGCUAUUGUCAGUGCAGAAACAGAUGCAUGUUUAAUUGAAAAUGAAGAGGACGAUGAUUUAAGUGAAGAAGAUGGAGCAUGCAUAGAGGGCCUUCGUGAUGCUGCUGUUGAUGAAAUGGAUGUGUUCCUUAAAAAAGCACUGGCUGCAUUGGAGAUGGAUGAGUUGGCUAACAUGAGAAAGACGGUACAAACAUUUCGGACACUUGCUGUGUAUUUUAGGAAGUCUCCCAAAGCGCGUCACCGGUUAGAAGAAAUUCAAAGAACGAGCUGA